AUGUGCACAACCACCCACUGGUACUGGAAAGCCUGCAAUCACACAAUCGCAACCGAAUUUCUCAUUCUCUGCAAAGAAGUCUCCAAAGAUUGCGCUGGCGAGAACUCCGACAGAAUCGAGAAGAAAGGAAGAUGUCCCAACUGCAGAAAAGAAUCCGCCACACAAGUCAUGACCAUGGACAAGCCGGACCUCUCCCCAGAAGGAGGUUGGGAAACUAUAACUGAAGCUACCAUGAAGGGAAUUCGGCAGAUCAAACUUUAA